CACAGAAAUAUAGGGUUUCUUGAUUAGGCGCUUUGCGCAACUGGUUUGAAAAUCAUCAAUACUUAGCGCUAUUGGAAUGUGUGUUUUUCUUAUUACAGGGAAACAAAGAGUAAACGUGCCGGAAGAAAAAAAACAGGAUCUGCGUGAUGGAUAAGACUAACUUUAGAAUAACCUUUCUCUUUCUUGGCGCGACUACGUUAUUCGAUUUCUGAAAUAUAUAUAUGUUGUGCUAGCACGUCGUGUUUUUGCUCCCAGACAUUCACUGACCCUUGUUUGCAUACUUUUGUUUUAGGUCUCUCUUGCUUCCAAAUAGACGCCGGUAACAUUUUUUAACAGAAUAUGCAAUCGAACAUUUCCUUGGAAGAUGGGUUUUAUACCUUCUGGAAAUCUCUUGGACCUGUAAGAACAAAAUUUUCCAAAUUUUCUUUUCAAUCUAGAAGCCUCCUACCACUCUUCGAUGCUUCGAAAGAGGGGAGAUAAUGACGCUUCAUGAUUCCGAUGCUAUUCUUGUGGCUACAGAUUACUACAAAAAUCCGUCCCUCGUAAAGCGGUUUUCCAAGGGGAAGUCAAGCUUGCCGUAUGUCACUGUCAAAAAACAAAACGCUGACUUUUUGAGACAUUUUCUCCUAAAGAGGCAAUAUCGCAUUGAAAUAUAUUGUUCUACAACCAAAUGUGGGAGAGACAAUGAGUGGAGCCUUAAGUUAAAGGCUUCUCCUGGGAACUUGGGUUCAGUAGAAGAUCUUCUAUCUACAUCAGAUUCAGUUGAAGCUUGUGGACUCAGUGCAGUAAAUGUGAAGCAGCUAAACGAACAAAUACAUGUGUGCCUAGCCUUUUGUGAAAUUGAAAGUCGGAAGUUUCUUGUUGGUGAAUUCAUGGACUCAGUGCAUCUAGCGAACUUGGAAAGUGCUCUUGUUCAACUUAAAACAAGAGAAUGCCUUGUCCCUACCGGACUGCUUUCACAUCCGGAUAUUUCUAAAUCUGAUGUCACACCUUUGGACAAUGCUAUUUCGGAGCACGUCAGUCUUAUCUUUGAAAGAAGUGGGAUUCUACCUACUGAGGUAAAAAAGUCUGAAUUCUCGCACAUAAUUAAACCACAAGACUUGAUCUAUUUCCUUCGAUCUGAAAAAGAAAACCCAAAUGGCUCUUUGCUCUACGAGAAAGAGUUUCUUCUCAAAGAUGCAUUAUCUUGUCUGGGUGCCAUAAUAAAAUUUCUAGAUCUAAACGUUUCUGACAUGAAUCGUCAUGUAUUCACAUUAGAAACUUUUAGUCUUGAAAAUCAUGUACGCCUAGAUAGUGCUGCCAGUCGGGCAUUGCACUUAUUACCUGGUCCAGAUGAUAAAAACAAGUUUCACAGUGUUUAUGGCACGUUGAACAAUUGUCGAACAGCUCAAGGCCAGCGUCUUCUAGCUCAAUGGCUUCGACAACCUUUAAUAGAUAAGUCAAAAAUUGAAGAACGUUUAGACUUAGUUGAAUCGUUCGUUGAAGAAACUGCGAUACGUCGAGGAUUACAUGAAGAUUUCUUACGUCGUAUCCCUGACUUACAACGUCUAGGUCGACGUCUUAAGAAAAUCAGAGGUUCUGGCCUUCAGGAUGUCUAUCGUAUAUAUCAAGCUGUUUUACGCUUACCAUAUGCUGUUUCAUUAUUGAAUCAAUACACUGGAUCCAAACGAUCAACUGUUUACGAAUGUCUUAUAACGCCUUUACAAAAAUCCAUGGAUAACUUCAUUCUGUUUAAAGACCUAGUGGAAUCCAACGUGGAUUUGGACUAUGUUAACCAACGAAAUGAGUUCAUUAUUCGUGCUGAUAAAGAUCCGUUGCUACAAGAAAUAAGGAAUAAAUUAGACAAUUUGGAGGAAAGAAUUCGAGAUGAAUUUAGACGUUGUGCAAAAGAACUGAACUUGGAACAGAAUAAAUCUAUCAAGUUGGAAAGCAAUGAGCUACAUGGAUACUUUAUGCGUGUCACACUCAAGGAUGAAAAAUGUUUAAGAGGAUUUGAAACAUUUGAAAUUUUGGACACACAAAAAGGUGGUGUACGUUUUCGUAAUAACCAAAUGACUUCAUUAACUGAAGCUUAUGCUGAAGUGAAACAAGAAUAUAAUAGAUUACAAGAAGUGGUUGUACAUCAAGUUGUUUGUGCCGCAGCUACUUAUUUAGAGCCUAUUAAUCAAUUGAAUGCAACCACUGCGUUCUUAGAUGUUAUUGUUAGCCUUGCUAUCGCUGCCAUCUCGUCUUCAGGCGUAUCGUAUAUUCGUCCGAAAAUUCUCUCUAAAGAUAAUGGUCGUAUUAUUUUAAAAGGAGCACGUCAUCCAUGUUUGGAAAUGCAAGAUCGAGUCAGUGUUAUUCCAAAUGAUGUACAUCUUGAACGUGGUAAACAAACAUUUCUAAUUAUUACUGGUCCGAAUAUGGGUGGCAAGUCAACUUAUAUACACAGUGUUGCCGUUAUUGUUGCUAUAGCCCAAAUUGGCAGCUUUGUUCCGUGUUCAUACGCAGAAAUUAUGCCAGUCGAUGCUAUUAUGGCACGUGUUGGUGCGGCUGAUUAUCAAUGUCGUGGUGUUUCUACAUUUUUAGCAGAAAUGCUUGAAACUUCAGCUGUUUUACGAUCGGUCACGCCCAAUUCACUUGUCAUUAUUGAUGAAUUAGGACGUGGCACAUCAACAUAUGAUGGAUUUGGACUAGCUUGGGCAGUUGCUUCAUUUUUAGCUAGUCCUGAAGUUGGUUGUUUCGGUUUAUUUGCCACACAUUUCCAUGAAUUAACCAGUUUAGCAAAUUAUAUGCCCAAACGUGUAGCUAAUCUACGAGUUUUAUGCAAUGUAUCAACCAAUAAGGGCAUCGUUGAAGAUGAAGAGUCUGAAACAAAAGUUACUAUGUUGUAUAAAGUUGAGCCAGGUGUAUGCAGUCGCAGUUAUGGUCUAGACGUUGCUCGUCUUGCAGGCCUACCUAUGGAAGUAAUUAAACAAGCUGAACAUCAAGCAUCUAAAGAUGAAGAGCUUGAAUCAAUUUGGUUGAAAUUAGAUAAAAAAUACUCUAACAUAUAUGAAGAUGAACUAGACUUUGUUCAUGAUUCUCCAGCUGUAUUAAUCACCAAUGAAUUAUGUCCACGUCUUAUCGCGAUUCUGGAUCAUGUCAUAAAAAAAGCUGAAUUGGACGAGAAUUUAUCAAUUAAUAUGAUUAGUUCGACAGUUGCUCAUUUGACUCGUGAACUUUUACUAGAGAAACCAAAUAAUUUACCAAGUGAUUACUUAUUAAAUUUGGUCAAAGACAAACUAGAAAACAUUAAAAAAAUAUAGAUAGAUUUUUCAUGAUUGAACAAUUAUUUUAUUGGUAUAAUCAUCACUAUAGUAUUUUGUCAAAGUUUUCCUUGAAGAAAAUUUCUCCACAUUUCUUUUUACAUCAGUUUUAAAUUACUAAGAUUUGCUAACAUAUUCCUUCCAAAGUUUGAUAUAGUAAAUGUAUAUUAAGCCUUAAAAUCACAAAUAAUAUCGUGAAUCGUGUGGAUUUAAAACCUAAACAAGUCGAUGCCAACUCAGUAGUCUUAAGCUUUAGCUCUCCCUUUGACACUUGAAGUCCUUGGGUUCAAUACCUAGCAAGGCUGUGAAUCUACAUGACUAAGUAUUCCAGUACUUCGACGAAAUAGUUGUCUAGAACUUCUUGGUUUAUACAGGUUGCCUAGCUUCAAUUAGUUCGUGAUGCGGCAACAAAAUGAUCCUUGGAAUUCCGAUAGGAAAUCAUGACUUGUUAUGUCGAAUGGACAGUUGCAUGAUGAUUGCAGUGUUUUCAAGAAAAUAGCAUAAAUGAUAAUCCGCACUCAUGUAGUUAGUUAUUUAGUCAGUCCUGUUAGUUUUCCUUGGUGUAUUUAAAUAACUCUGUCCUGGGCUAUUUUUCGCCGUUGUCGCUAAGUGCUAUUCAUGUUUCUUAUGUCGCCUUCCAAUUGACGACACCAUCUGUUCUUUGAGCUACCUCUUCCCUUUCUGCCCUGAUUAUUCGAAGUUUGAGAUUGUUUCGUGAUUCAAUUGGAUGAUUUUCAUUAUCUCCUGCUUAACUGGCAGAUGGUUUGUUUUCUACUAUUUCAUGUUAUCGCUCAUGGUCUCUGACCAACACGAUCUGGAGUAGGUUGCGUAGAUAUGUGUUUGUAAACAUUUAUACCUUUUCAGUGAUAAAAGUAUUAGUUCCGGCAACUUACAACACGACACUUUUAAUGUUAGCUCUUAAAAUUCCGACUUUUUUAUGUGGUGACAGUUGUUUUGAGUCCCGGACAUUAUUUAGUUGUAGGGAUGGUUCUUUUUUUUACAAUUCAUGCCUUAACAUCGGCAUCAGAUCCCCUUUGUUUGUCAAUUGUGCUGCUUAGGUACGUAAAGGCUACCACCUCUUUCCGAGUUUCGCCAUUGGUACUGGUAGUGGAUCGCAUUUAGGAUCGUUCUGUUUCCCUUAUGGAUUUUGAAGCCUAUUUAUGCGGAAACGAUUGAUAUACUGUCAGUUUUUGUCUACAUUUGUUACUGUGUAUAGAACAGAGAGGCUAAGUCAUCUUCAAAGUUCAAAUUAUCUGGUUGUCUCCAAGGUUCCCACUGUAUUUCAUGCUUUUCCUGAGAUGUUGCAGUUUUUAUAAUCCGGUCAGCAACCAAAAGGAAGAGAAAGUGAAAGUAGAUAACCCUGUGUAACACCGGUCCUCACUCAAUGUAUCAGUGAUCUGCCCUCCGUCCAUGACUCAUAAGAUUUUUAUAUUAUAGUGACAAUCUUCUCAGGUACAUCAUAGUGUCGAAGGACAUUCCAAAAGGUUUUCCUAUUCACUGUCAAAUGCUAUCUCAUAAUCAAGCGAGUUGAUGUACAGUUAUGAGUUCUAUUCGACUGAUCGUUUAACAUUGAUCUGCAGUGUCGCGAUUGGGUCGGUAUAUGAUUAGUCGUAACGAAAUCCAGCUUGUUGAUCUUAAAGCCGUGCUUACUGAAUCUUUCAUUUGGUUCGGCAAUACUGUUAUCUCCCUAUAAGCAUAAUGAAUGGUGGGAACGCGUUUUAUCCUAUCUAGAAUUCGUCAGUUAGAUGUUCUUCAUCCCAACUGUUAGGUCCCGAUAAGCAUAAUGAAUGGUGACUUCUGGGAUCCAUUGAUGAACCAGUAUUAUGCGUAUAUUUUUAUCGUAUAAUUGUUAAAUAACUAAACUAUUCAUAUUCGUAUUCUUAUCAUAAGCUUUAUUUUGACCUAUGAACUAU